CUAAAUACAUGAAAACCGUCUGGUAUGAUAGCUCCUCCUACUUCACGACGUAAUAUAUUCAAUUAGGAUCACAUUUUCUUUAUCAGUGUAUGUUCACAACUCUUUCAAAAACGUAGGAUAUGAACUAUUUUGUAAUGAAGUGCAACUGUUGUUUUUUGAUUCACAGAGAUAUUUUAAUGUACUAGAUUUACUUAUCAUUUUGAGUUUGCUGUGACAAAAUCAAUAUUAUAGGAAAACUGUUAAUGAAUGUAAAAGAGAUUAUAUUGAUGUUUGACAUAGGAGUGUUCAUGUGCAUUUUUUACUAUGAAAAGCAUGCCAGCUCAAUCACUCUGCGAGAUGGAGACCAUGAUCCCAGAUGAGCUUAUUGCAGCAUUAAAUAAAACUGCGGGACAAGAAGUACAUGGACAUAAACAUAAUUUAAAAAACCGGUUUGAAUUGAAAAAGACACUCGGUGAAGGAACCUAUGGAAAAGUUAAACUUGCACUUGAAAGGACAACAGGGGAGCAGUUUGCAAUAAAGUACAUCCGAAAAUCAAAGAUACACGAUGAACAUGACCUUAACAGAAUCCGUCGAGAGAUCAAAAUCAUGUCAUCUGUCAGACACCCGCACAUUGUCAACGUCCGAGAAGUGUUUGAAAACAAGGACAAGAUCAUUUUGGUGAUGGAGUGUGCAGACGGGGGUGAACUGUACGAUUACAUAAACAAUAAACAGCUUACAGAGAAAGACGCACGUAGAGUGUUCCGUCAGAUUGUCUCUGCAAUCAAGCAUUGUCAUCAGAACGGCAUUGUGCACAGGGAUCUGAAACUUGAAAAUAUUCUUUUAGAUCGGGAUUAUAAUGCAAAGAUUGCAGAUUUUGGGCUGUCCAACUUCUACAGUCCUACAGAGCUGUUGAAGACCUAUUGCGGAAGUCCACUUUAUGCAUCUCCAGAAAUCGUAAAUGGUUUACCCUAUUAUGGUCCAGAGGUUGACUGUUGGAGCCUUGGAGUAGUUUUGUACACACUUGUCUAUGGAACAAUGCCAUUUGAUGGGACCAACUUUAAGAAACUGCGCACUCAGAUUACUACUGGAGACUACUACGAACCCGACAAGCCAUCAGAGGCUGCUGGUUUGAUACGUCACCUGCUCACAGUCAAUCCUGCUAAACGAGCUACAAUAUCCGACAUUUUGUCUCACUGGUGGGUGAAUCUAGGUCACAGCUUCAUGCCAGACAAUGAGCCUUACAUCCCACCUAUGGUGCUACAGCCGGUACCCAGCUACCACAACCAGACAUUGUCCUCAUCCUCAGAAAGUGAUGAUGGGGAACCGCAGUGUAGCGGUAAAACUAAAACUGUGAAACCAUUAAAGGGAAUUCUCAAAAAGCCAAAAAUGACUGAAAAUGUUUCCGAGAAAAAGUGCAAUGAUUCUUUGAUGCCAAAUAUUGAAAGAACAGUAAACGAAAAUGUAAUUUUAGCGGACAGUCAGCCUUCCGAUGAAGCCGUGUUCAAUGAGUCACCAGAUAACCAGACUGGUUCUCAAAUUAGCAAUCUCAGUGAAUCUGUGUCACAGUCUAACCAAAUCUCAAAUGACAUUGAAGAUGAUGCUUCUGUGGUUGCCGAUGAAACAAGUGGAAAGAAGGUAUUCGAUUCACGCAUGAUGCCAAAAAGAAGUAUUCUGAAACGAAAGGGUAAAUUCAGUGCUGGUGAUAGUGGCUGUGAGUUAAACGAUUUGAAUAGGAAGGACAGUGUAUGUUUGUCAGUACGUCCUAUGGAUCUCAGUGAGGCCGAUUCGGCUCUCGAUUCCCCAGAUAAUGUUUUGCCUCACGAUAAUAUUUCUAUGGACAAAACCAGAAGUUCUUGUGAUAAUUUACAGCUUGGUGCUUUCAGUUUUGGUAUGACAGAAACUCUUACAUCCAAAGACAGUCAGAAUCUGGCCACAGCAGAGAGCGUGCCAUUAUCCGUUAUUCCGCGUAGAAGAGGUAUUUUAAAAAAUGCAAAUCGGGACUCCGAUAAAAGAUUAAGUGCCUGUAGUACAGGAUCGAAUUCCUCCGCUGACAUUUUAGACUUUUCCUAUGAUAGUUUUGAUGAAAUUUUAAAAUCCCGGUUUUGUAGUGACACAUCACCAAAGACUUCUCCAGAUUAUGGAUCGGAUGUUCGUGAUUUACGCUUACAGGGACAGGCAGCGUUACAAGACGAUUUAUUUAAUUAUCAAGAGGCAAAGGAAGUUUAUCAAAAAGCGCUCGAUAUUUGUAAAGAUAUGUGAACGGAGAUGAAUAUAACUCUAGUCAAGUCAUCCCUGGUCAUUAUGUAGAAUUCCAUUAAUACACAUAAAAUGUGCCUACUGUUUAGAACAGUGCCUAUUUAAUUGAUCAUUUUUUAAUUGUAUAAAAAUCAAUUAACAGUCUUUAAUUAUGUUAGCAUAAUAAAUAUGUUUAAGGUUUAGAUAAAUCAGUUUUGCUUUAGGAAAGAAGCAUUGCUUGUCAAGAAGAGAGAAAGUGCAUUUAGUAAAUUUUUUUUCAGUUGAAUAGAUAAAUAAAUGUUAUUUUAUUAAAUGUUUAUUUGUUUCUAUUUAUAGACUAACUGAAUACCAAUUAAUUUUUGGUAAGAACUAUUUUUAAAUGUUGAGUACAUUUUUGUUGAGAUAGGUUUUACGUUACAUUCUUUAUAUAUGCACACAAAGAAUUUCAUAAUAAAAGCAUUUUAAUUUCACAACAAACAUAUAAAACAAAAGCACUCGCUGAAUAAGAUCUAGUAUUAAUUUCACCAUUAGUAAUUAAAAAAUACCCAUAGACAUUUUUGUAAUUGUUUGCAUUUUGUUAGGGAAUACUAAUUACAUUUAGAUUGUCUUUAAAACUUGCAUAAAGGGUAAAACAAUAGGUUGACUAAUACUUUGUAAUGAGAAUUAUACCUCGUUAGAUACAGUUUAAAACUACAUUUGAGCUGCGCCAUGAGAAAAACAAAAUAGUGCGUUUGCGACCAGCAUGGAUCCGUACCAGCCUGCACAUCCGCGUGGUCUAGUCAGAAUCCAUGCUGUUCGCUUUCAAAGCCUAUUGCAAUUAAAGAAACCAUUAGCGAACAGUAUGGAUCCUGAUCAGACUGCACGGAUGUUGUUUUUCUCAUGGUGUGGCUCAUUUGUUUGUAAAACGUCGACAAAAGUCGCGAUUAUAUCUUGAAAUUACGCAGACGCGUGAUUCAGUUCGAUGUAAUAUUUUUUUAAUUCAGUUACUAUAGGUAAUCGUAUACCAUAUCAUCUUAAUGUGAUUAAUAUAGGUCUUUUAUUUGCAAUAAAAAGCAUUCAGGUGUUAAAUAGAUUGUAAAUCUAUGAAAAAUGAGCAGAGCAAUUUAUAAAUUUGUCUGGGAAGAUGAAUCAUACUUGUGGUUUAGACGUCUAAAAAAAUUCUAUGGAAAAAAAUCUGGAAAGCAUAUGUACAUGUAUUUUCAGUUUUGCUCUAUACAGUUUACUGUAAAAUUGUUUAAUUUCAUGAGCAUGAAUAGAAUAGUAUUGUCCAAAUUGAAAGAUGGACAAGUUCAUUGUAGAAAUUUAGCAGGUUAAGGGUUAAAUUUGUGGAUUUCAAAGUUAAAAGAUAAAUCAUGCAGAUUUUUUUUUUGUGUUUUCGUUGAGAUUCAAUUUUGGGGAGCGGCUGAGUAAGAAGAUUCUUGAAAAUGAGCUGCCACAUGAAUACCGGGUUAUAGUUACUUUACAGUAUUUUUUUUAUACUGUUUGAUUUGUAUUAACAGCAUUCUAACAUUAAAUAUGUUUAUUCACUGAUCAUGUGAAACAUGAUUUCAGGUAGAGUGACAUUGGCAGUGGGUUGUUAAAAGCGACAAAAUAAUGCAGAGUAAACAUUAGAAUUACUCAGAUUUUGUGGAAAGCGGCAACUUUUUGUAUAUUUUCCAUUGGUUUGAGGUUCAGUGCAUAAAGCAUUCAUUUUAAAUAAUUGUUGAUUGCAGAUUGAUUGCUUUCAAAUGAAUAUAACUUCCUUAUAAUCAGUGAAUGUAAACUUUAGAUGAAGGCAACCACUAGAUUCACACAAAAAAAUAUUUGUUCUAGUUAUAAGGAAAUACGUUCCAAUUAUGUGGUUUUUCAUGAUAGCUACCGCUUUUUCAAGUUUAAAUCAAAGUUUAAAACUCGCCAUGUUUGUGAUCUGUUAAGCUAUAUAGCUUCAAAGCUAAUGUCACUUUGCUGUUUUAACGUGAAAAAUAUACAAUUGUAACUUAAGUUUUCAAAAACAAAUUGCUUUUCUCUGAGAUAAGUUUGGCUACACAGUAAGAUAUUAGAUUAUAGUAACAAGAUACGGUUACAUUUAUCAGUGCAAAAAGUGUAACGAAAAUCGUGUUUUUGUCACCGUAUGUGCCUUUAACAUUUUGAACCCAGGUGAACAAAGAUGAAUGAAGUUGUUCAGAUUUUGUAAUAGUUUUGCCUAAAAUGAGAAGCCUCUAGAAAGACUAUGGCCUUGUUUUUUCCCUGUUAAACGAUUUACGAAAUGUGUUAUGUCAUACAUUUGAUACGCAGCCAGAAUUUGUCAUGUGCCAUUUGUUAAGCAGUUUUUUUAUUUCGUCAGCUUCACUUGUAUACUGUGAAAAAAUAUAUAUAUACAUACAGCAUGUAACGUAUUUUGUGUACUAUUACCAGCUAAAAAUGAAGGAUUUCCAGCAAAGUCCAAAGUUUAUUAGAAAUGUGGUUUUUGUCUUAAGGUAGUAAGACAUCUGUGAUAUUAGAGAAAUUUUGAAAUUACAAAUUUCAAAAACAAACAACAUUUGAUGUUAUUUGACAUUUUUUAACAGUAUUGAUGUAGUUAUGGAUAAACUGUUGAAGCUUAGAAUGCUUCUGUAAGAAUAAUUUUUUUUUUCUUUUUUAAAUUCAUAAAUAUUGAUUUUACAGAGAUGGCUGACUAUGAGCCAUCGUUAAACAGUAACUUUAAGGAAAUUGAUGAAUCAGGAAAUCAAUUCAAUGAUUUACUGUUUAAUUAUUUUAGAAAGAUACGAUGGUAUAUGUGGCAAAUAUAAUGCUAUAAUUUUCACUUACAGUCAAUAUUUAAAGAUGUCACGCUACCUUAAGUUGUGCUCAUAAUGUAUGUAAACAAAGCCUUAAAAUGCCUGUAGCCACAAAUGGCUAACAAGCUGCAGUACCUGUGUUUUGCAUGUGUAUAGGGCACAUUUAAUGUUGCCUGCAUGUUAGUAUAGACCUGCUUGAUUAUGUGUUUAUGUCAUUUAUUUAUUGUGUGCUAGUUUAUUAUGUAAAAAAUAAAAACUCGAAUUACAGCUA